GGCAGAGCUUCACCUGCCGUAGAAAACUGGAUCCUGGACUGAGAGCAGAGCAGUCUGAGGACCAUCAUGGUCAGGGGACACCUGGACGUAAGGAACAAAGACACCUGAGGGAGCGGAAUGAGAAUCUGAGAGCGCCGACAGCUGAAAUCAAACCUUUGGACCAAACAUGGCGGCAGCUUCAGUUCUUCUUCUCUGCGCUCUGCUGAUGUUCUCUGGAGGCCCGAGUCUGGCCAACGUGGCUCCAGUACCGGUGGCCCCGGCUGAGACCUCGAGCGCUGCCAACGAGACGGGGAGCGGCUCGGGCCACGGAGCAGCAGCGAUCACCACGCUGCCCAUCGUGACGUGGAAGUGGCACCACGUCCAAGAACCGUACCUGGUGGCCCUGUGGGUCCUGGUCUGCUGGCUCUGCAAACUCC